GGACCGCUGUCUAUAUCUACAUAUUUGGUGCGUCCGGCCCACCCCUGCAAGUGUCACCCUAUCACCCCUAUCAACAGGUUAGGUGUGCAGAAAUGACUUCCGCGCAAAGGUCUAAUCGAUAGGGUUGUCAUACAUUCAGAGUUUAGCAUCUAUUAAUGUCCCCGAGUUGCGCAUGUAUGUUUCCUCCAUUUUAUUGCUCUUAUUGGAGGGAGCUAUGGGUCGAGGAUCGAGGCUGAUCGGCUUGUUGGACCUCGCCAAGUGCUGCUCAGCACGUUUGGACACGUUUCACAAGUGGGUUGGUGUGGUGAUAUUGCGAAGUCUUGGGAUAGCGUUGGUGCCCGAGGAACUGCAGGCUGAACAACUUAGCUCUCUUGUGCUACGCGUUAUCUAUCAUCUGCGAUCGCUAUCAGAACAAACUCCGUUUGAUGCUGCAACCUUUUCCUAUGCAUUCCCACUCCUUGCACAGGUGUUACUGAAGGGUGGUGUAGACACCGGCCAAGAUGAUGGCGAUGAAGCACUCGAGCAAAUAACUCUCGUGCUUAACAUCAUUAAGUUUCACUGCAGCGAAUUUUUGGAUGCAGCAUUUCCCCGAACAGCAACCAUGGGGCAGGUCCCCCACGCCAUAAGGCAUCAGCCGCGGCUUAGCAAGUAAGCAUUAUCUGUUCUCAUUGACCUCGGAGAGGCUGUGCAGUCGAAUGCGACCCGUGAUGAGGUCGGUGUGCUCAUUGAUGGCACACUAUUGCAAGAGGUCUACGUCAGGAACACAUGUCUACAAGCCAUCCAGCCAUUCGAUUUGACCGAUCUUGAUUGGU